GUAAAAUGGCUACACUGUGUGAAGAUUAUGUACAUUUGUAUGUUACGUGUUUGAAAUAACGAGUUUAAUCAUGGAGAAGAAUAUCUGUGAUAGGAUUGGAAAGAUGCUGCGAUAUGAUUCAGAAUUGGAAUUGGAAGAAGAUGCAGGGAACCACAAUUCUGCAACAUCACGGUGCUUUAUUUGUGACAGUAUGGUCUGUGGUAGGGCCACUCAUCUUUUAAUGGGUAUUGCUCCCUACACCAAAAUUGCAUUGCCAACAAAAAUUGGCCAGUUAAUGGGAGACAGAUGCAUGGUAAUUGUUACAGCAGAAGAUGUAUUAUGUCACCGCUGUGCAUCUCUAAUAAUCCAUCUUGAUAAACUGGAAGUUGAUAUAGGAGUUGUAAAAAAAACACUAACUGGCUAUUUGAAAAUGAAAUACAAUUUGUGUGAUGAUGAGGACAGUGGAUCACACUUGGUGGACUACCCAUACAUGUAUGGAUUGGAAGAAGAGGUACCAGAUGGCACAGAUAAUGGUGGACAGAUGAUUUUCCAGGGAUUAAGGGACAUCAAGUGUGUAAGUUCAGUAGAUGAGAACAGUGACCUUUUCCCAAACAUCAAACAAGAGGCAACCGAUGAAAAAGAAAUUCACUGUUUUGACAGUAUAGACAUCACAGGGUACAAAUGUGUGUCAUGUCAGUUUAAAACCACUAGUUCACUUAUAUUUAUGGACCAUUUAAAGACUCAUUCCAAAGAGAUGUAUUUCAAGUGUUCUAACUGCAAUGAAGUGUUCCACAACCACUGGGACAUUCAGGAACACGUAAAGAAUGUACAUAACUUGCGGUUACAGAGAAAUGGAACAAAUGAUAAUGCAAGCAGUAGGACUCCUCUCACAUUUUAUGAAUGCAAUAUAUGUAAAUUUCAGAGUCCUGACAAAACAGUUUUUGACAUUCAUGUUCUGAAACAUAACAGGGCAGUACUUUAUAAGUGUUCACUCUGCUCUAAACGGCUGAAGUCAAAGUCAUUACUGAAAAAGCAUAUGAGAAGUCACAGAUUCUUCAAGUGUGGACUGUGUAAUCUAACUUUUAAAGAAAAGACCAGAUUACUGGAGCAUUUUAUGCAGCACAGGGUUUCAAAAGCUCUCCAAGUGAAAGAGGAGCAUCUGAAUGUGGCAGAGUCCAAGCACAGUACUGAAGAGCAGGUACAGGACAGGUUGCUGACUCAUGACCAGGACGAAGUGGAGCAGCUACUGGAACAAUUGCACGCAGAUGAUCCUGUCAGUGAAAUUGCAAAGAGAGAUGAAAAAAGUUCACAGGAUGAAGGCUUGCAAGGUGAUGAGCUCAAACAAACUGUAAACACUGAAACUCUUGGGGAAAAUGAAGACAUUUAUGGAGAUGUUCAGAAAGAUAUGGAGGAAGCCUCUUUCCUAUUAGAAAAUUCAGUUUUGGAAAAAGAUGAAGGUGAUAACCUAUCAGUUGAUAUUGAUAAAAAUGAAGACAGUGAAACCAGUGAUUUCCUUAUUGAUCCUUCUAAUUGUCUGGAAGACUGUAAGUCAGGCAAUGAGAAGCAGGAAGGGAACCAGAAUACUGACAAAAAUAAGGCUGAAGGCUGUAUGCUUCAUGGUGAAAACUCAGAUAUUGUAAAGAAUGUAACUGCCACAUCAUUGAAGAAGAGGGUUUAUGUAUGCUCUAUAUGUGGGUUGAGGGCUUACACUGAGAGCCACAUGAAGAGACAUUUUAAGAGUCACAUAGCCAUUGAGAAGAAGAUGUAUGAAUGCCAUAUAUGUAACAAGGUCUUAACAACGCGCAGUAACCUAAACAGGCAUCUUUUGAAUCAUGAAAAUUGUCCAGGUAUGGUCACAUGCAAAUUGUGCAAUGAAGAGCUGACUGAUAGGUUACAUCUGAAACAGCAUCUUGAGGACCAACAUACAGGACCCCAGCAUUGCUCAUUCUGUAAUAUGGAGUUCACAAGCAAGAGAGCGUUCAAAGAACAUGAAUUAACGCAUCCAGAGAGAGCUAUGCAUCAAUGUGACAAGUGCCAUAAAAGGUUCCUGACUCAGCUUCGACUAAGGACACACCUUGAAAAUAUUCACAAUAGUCCUAGGGUUGGAGAGGCAGAGGAAAAAAUAUACAAAUGUCACAUUUGCUCGAAGAUUUUAACAACAUAUCAUAACUUGAAAAGACAUGUGAGGAACCAUGAGAAGAGUUCAGGAAGUGUGAAGUGUACUUUAUGCUCAAAAGAAUUGACAGAUAAGUUGCAUUUGCGACAGCAUGUUGAAGAGAUGCACCCCGAAACUCAUCAGUGUUCUUUCUGUCAAAAGGUGUUUUCAAACAAAAAGGUCUGCAAAGCUCAUGAACUUACUCACCCAGAAAGAUAUGUGUACAAAUGUGAUAUAUGCGAGAAGAUGUUUCUCAAUGAAAUGAGAUUAGAGAAACACAAGACUGUGUUCCACAGGGACCCUCAUUGUCGAUACUGUGAGAAAGAAAUCAAGGAUCCUACAAAACUGUUUAAUCAUGAACGGAGACAUGAGAUGUAUAAGAACAAAUUUCCUUGUCAGCUGUGUCCAAAAGUUUUUCGCACACCAUCAGGUCUCAAAUAUCACAUGUCUGUUCAUACUGGGAAGUAUGCAGUAUAUUGUGAGGUAUGUGGCAAAGGCAUGCACUCAGAGAUUGUGCUGGAAGAACACAAAGCUACGCAUACUAAGGAAAUUCGGUACACAUGUGAGCUGUGUGGGCGCAACUUCUCUUCCAAUAGCACCUACCGGAUGCACCGCAAAUGGCAUGAUGACCCUUUGCCAUACAAGUGCAAGAUCUGUGAUCGCAAGUUCAAGCACACCUCUAUAUUAGCAGUGCAUAUGAGACGUGCUCAUACAGGAGAACGUCCCUACAAGUGUCCUCAUUGCCCAUACACUUUCAGUGUGAGCAGCACUCUACAUAAACACCUAAUCCUGCACACCAAAAAGUACCCGCACAACUGCAACGUCUGUGGGAAGGGAUUCACUACUCGCACCAAGAUUGCAAGACACAUGGCAGGAGUACACAAUGACUUUGACAUGCUCAACACCAAGCCCAUUCCAUGCCAGUACAAGAUGGUGCUCAAACCAAGUGAGCUUUCAAUGGCAGACCCUGAAAACUCUUUGCUUAAGCAGGAGGAAGAACUACCUGAGCCCAAGUUUGAGGGACCUGUAGUUGAGGAACAUACUGUAGAGCCUGGGCAGGCAAUAUUCUUGUUUCAUUAAUGGUGUGGGAACUUGAAAUUUUAUAUCUUAUUGUUGUAAAUAAAUGAACGUCUAGAUUUUACGUAGGUCAUACCAAAAGUCAUGAGCAACUUUUUUGCAGGCAACCUGAGAACAGCAGACAAAAGAGCUGUUGUGUUAACCUUGAGUGUCUUGUGAUGUCAAUAGCUUGCAUCACAUGACCAGUAUAACUCCUAACAAAAUGGCCGAUAACGAUAUCUUGUUUUGCCAGUGUGCUGUCAUCGAAUUUCUUGUGAAAGAGGAAAUCCCUGCUGCCGAAAUUCACCAGAGACUUCAGUGUGCUUA